AUGAUGCGCUUCGCACUGCUGAGCACUCUACUGGUUGCGGCCAUCGCUCAACAGAGCGGCAAAGAUCCCACCAAGGACGUCUGCCGACGUCACAAGCACCAGACCUGCAUCAUCGAUUCGAAGCUCUACGUAGAUGGUGGGCUGGCUUACUAUGGCGGUUCCAAAGGAAACGACAGCGUUGCUGAGAGAAAUACCUAUCUGCUUUGGGAGGAUGUCUCCAACGCGACGAGGACCGAGUACAGUUUCCCAGACCAACACGCCAAUCUAUCAAAGGGCCGCGAUGUUCCUUCUGUGAGCGGUGGUGUCUUGUGGCCUGAUACGGUGAACAAGCUUUUCUACCUCUUCGGUGGCGAAUACAAUGACACUGAAGAGGUGCAAAGCAGAGAUGGGCCGACACAAGGCUUUUCGCUGUGGUAUUACGAUACUAUCUACGACGCAUGGAACAAGACCAAGGGUCAUGGCUCUCAGAGCAGUAUUCGCUGGCCAGCAUUUGGUUCUGGUACAGUAUCGGAUGCAGGAAUCGCCUACUACUAUGGAGGUUACUUGACUAACACUUCGGACUUCAAGACGGUUGGCCAACCUGUCAUGCAAAACACCCUGAUAUCCUACGAUAUGGACAGCCGACAAUGGGACAGCCAUAUUUGGGAUGACACGCGUCGAGCAGAGGGGUCGCUACAAUAUAUACCCGCUUCGGAGGGCGGCAUGCUGGUGUAUUUCGGCGGCGUAGAGACAGACAAGACGAGUGGUGGACUCAGCUAUGCGAACAUGAGUCAAAUCCAUGUCUACGACGUUGCCAACCCAAGAUGGUACACGCAAACAGCUACCGGCGACAUCCCGCGGCCAAGACGUGGCUUCUGUGCAGGCGUCGUGUGGGCGAAAGACAAGUCUUCUUACAACAUUUACCUCUUCGGCGGCUUUGGAGGACCAGACGGCACCGGGCUCGGCGACUUAUAUGUGUUAUCUAUCCCUUCUUUUCAGUGGAUUCUGAUAUGGCCCACUCCGCAGCAAACUAUCUUCCCAGGGGGCAAAGGCUGGUCCUCUUGUGACAUCGUCCGCGAUUCUCAGAUGAUCAUCAUUGGAGGCGCGCUCACAAACACUUCUGUGCCUGACUGUGACGCUCCUAAGAUCGGCGGCCAACACGGUCUCUUGCUUGGGCAGGAGAAUGUGGAACUAGAGAGCUGGUGGCACGCGCCCAUGGACAAUACCACUGGGUACCGGGUUCCCGAUCAGAUUGUCGCACGCAUUGGUGGCGGCGCCGACGGUACUGCUACGGCCAAGGAGCCCGAUGUGGGGUGGGUGACACAAGAUCUAGCAAAGUACUUCGCGACCACAUAUCCUGGCCAGUCCCGAACGGCCAUGAGGCCGAUACCUACAGUAACGAGCCAACCAACAUCCAGUCCACCGCCACCAGCCAAGAAGACAAACACUGGUGCCAUAGCGGGAGGCACAGUUGGCGGUGUAAUCGCACUCCUUAGCGUCAUUGCCCUGGUAUUUUUCUGUCUACGCUCCAGGCGCCGCAGAAAAGCCGCAGGAGAGCAAAGCCAGCUUCCCGAGGCAACAGGCGGGCCCAAUCCGCACACUCCAGACAUGGCACGGAAGUCCGUUGCAAACAGCUCGGUACUACAAGGCAGCACUCUCCACUCCCCCAUGCCUCAGUCACCCGCCUACUCCCCCCAAAAUUCACCGCCCCCAGCGUUGAACGCCUGGCACGGAGAUGCACACGCCCCGAACACAUACCACCAGAACUCGCCAUCGCCGCAUCUCAACCACCACUCUGGAGACUGGGGCCCUCAGGGUAGUCAGGCACAAAAUAGCUAUGCCUAUCAGCAGCCAUACUACCCGCCACCCCCUGAGCCUUCUCAGUCGCCCAAGGAAAGCAAUCCGCAUACGAUGAGCGUCGAACUGCCGGAUGUGAGAAGCCCGGCGAACGCCGAGAUGGCGCAGAUGAGGAACCCGCUGCCUGGGCGCUACGUGUGA